CCGUGCGUGGGACCAGAUUUGGAUUGUCAAAAUCUGCCGGCACUUCAAAAGGAUUUAAAACUUCUCGCGGAGUUGGAAAAGUCCCGUUACUUAUUAAACAUAGGGAAUCAUAUGGAGUAAGUUAGUGCUAUUCCAUUAACAGUGAAGUACGGAAAACCCCCACGAGCACCGCUAUAGCCACUUUUGGUAAAAUCAGAGCUAGUUACCAGUUUAUGACAUUCGACUAAAGUUUCGGUUUACAGCUAUAACCAAACUUGCAUUUUUGCUUUUACUUUGUAAAUCAUUUUUGUUCAACUUUCGAAAUUCAAACACAAAAACAUGGACUGGGCAAUUGUGCAAAACUCAAACUGCUCUGCUCAAAAUCUUCAGCAAACUAACGAUAUCAACAUAUAUAAUAAUAAUAUUACUCAUGUGUUUUACAACCAUCAUCAUUAUCCCAAUUACCCGCCACAAAAUCAGUACCCACAUUUUAGCCCCAAUCCAAACAACCCCGAAAACAACUUCGCUUUUUAUUCGCCAUCUUGUAAUCAGUUUGAACCAAACCAACAGACGUGUGUCGAAUUUCGGGACCCGACACCGCAUCGAUGUCUGAAGACCGAAACGAACUUUGCUGCACCAACGACUGAGUUUUGCUGUCGGAGUGAAACUUCAGUGUCGAAAAUGACAGCAGAAAGCGAUGCAUUCCAACAGAAUCUGGAAGAACCAAACAAGAAUUCAGGUUUUUUGGCUCUUGACAUUGACGACAUUGAUGAAAUUUUGAAUGAAUUGGACCCAAACAUUUUCUCAUCAUCAAGUCCUCAACAGAAGAAGAACCACACGCAAACUUGCAGUUUCAGAUCGACCGGUAUUGAAAACAAUAACUGUCAAUCAUCCGAUUUAUCUUCAAAACUUGACGAUAUCCCAAGUUUAAACAUCAUUACAACUAACCCUGACAAGGUUCAACAUGGAACCGCUAUGACAACAACUAACAAUAUAAUUCAGAACACAAACACAACUUGGCAGAAAUACGACGAAGAAUUCAACGAAAAUAUGGAGCAAAACGAGACAAAAGUCUCUCCAAUUUCACAGUUGAUUUCUUUUUCCCAGAUGAGCCGAAAGUGGUUUGAAAGUAUGAACCCGAAAACUCCGAAUUCAGAAGACGGUCAACAAAACUCUAAAAUGACACCGUCACAAUACGAUGACUUUAGUUCGACACCUUAUGUACCUGUUCCGACAAUGUUGAACUAUGACAAUAAUCGAGAUUUCAACGACUGUAUUGGUAAUCAGUACAGCAGUGAUCAUCAAAUUUCAAAUUGUCAUCAGUUCAAUUCAGUGAGUAGCGACCAGAAGAUAGACGAAACAUCACCACUGAUGUUGAAUUACAUUAACUACACUAACAACACAGACGCGGCAACGUGCCAAAAUUUUUCACCGGCUAUUUAUAAUUUACCAAAUUGGAAUUCGCCCUCGGGUUACGAUUCCGGAUUCGACAGCAGCGCAAAUUCUUUCCACGGAAACUCGCCCAAAAGCCUCUCAAUGUCGCCGAGCAGUGCCCAAUCCGGACCCUCUAGUCCAUCGGAGAAUGACAUAAUGAUGACGUCAUAUCCGAGAACUUGUGUAAGUGGAGGCUGUUCGGGAGAAGUGGCGGGGAAAAACUCGGAGGGCAUUUUGACCAGUUUGGGCACAAAGGAACUGGAAAUGAGGAUGUUGCAGGACUACUUGAUAAACAACCACAGUGCAUUCAAAAGGGGACCCAGGAAAAACGAUCCGGCUAUGGAAAAAAGAAGGACUCACAAGUGCAACUAUGAAGGGUGCACCAAAGUCUACACGAAAAGCUCCCAUCUAAAAGCCCACAUUCGACUGCACACAGGAGAGAAGCCCUACUUGUGCACUUGGGAAUCUUGUGGGUGGAGGUUUGCCCGCUCCGAUGAGUUGACUCGCCAUAUGCGCAAACACACAGGGGCGAGACCUUUCCACUGUCAGAUCUGCGACAGGAGAUUCUCCCGCUCGGACCAUCUAACUCUCCACUUCAAACGACACUUGCCCCUGCAGGCCAUGAUGAAGAAAAUGUGAACUAAAUUUGAUUGAGUGAUGAUUGAGCUGGAUAAUAUAGAUCUCUUCUGCGAUCUCUUAUCCCCUCCCUUCGCCUCCCCUCGCAUUUCAAAGUAGGGGGAUUUGUGUAAUGCUAUUUGCCAUCUAUCCCAAUCCUUUAGUAUGCAAAAGGGGAAUAGUUGCUUAAUACUCAUCAAAA